AUGCAGGACGCCUGGACUGCUCGCAAAGCUGAGGAGAUCCAAGGGCACGCGGACCGCAACAAAUGGAAGAACUUCUUCUCUGCGAUCAAAGCUGUCUACCGUCCGCCGACGAAGGGCACUGCUCUUCUCCUCAGCGCCAACGGCAACACUCUCCUGACUGAGAAGACGAAAAUCCUGCAGCGAUGGGCCGAGCAUUUCCGAGGCGUCCUCAACCGCCCUUCCGCCAUCUCCGACGCCGCCAUCAAGCGUUUGCCGCAAGUGGAGACCAACAUGGACCUCGACCUCCCGCCAUCUCUCCAGGAGACCAUCAGGGCCGUGCAGUAG